AUGUUCAGAACCAGAAUUGCGCCAAUUGCUAGAAAUCACAGAGUUGCUCUGCAAUUUUUCAGAAACCACUCCUCAAGCACGGGUACUACAUCUGAUGAGCUUUCCCAUUUUGCGCAGCUUGCUGACUCGUGGUGGGAUGUCAAUGGACCCCAACGCAUUCUUCAUAAAAUGAACCUGCUUCGUCUUGACUUUAUCUUUAAUAUGCUCAAGGCUAACUGGGACGAAAUUCCAAACAGUAAUUACAAGCAAUCUGAAAAGGAAUUUAUUCCUGGCUAUUCUUUUGAACUUUUACCAACAGAGGAGCUAAAAAAGCACUUUUCCGAUAAAGUUUCUUUCCAUGAAAGUCAACUGUUUAAGGUGCCUCAGUUUGAAGUGCUGGAUGUUGGCUGCGGAGGUGGUAUUCUUUCGGAAUGUCUGGCUAGAUUGCCUUUUACCAAAAAGGUUCGCGGAAUUGAUCUUUCACCAGAUGUUUUAGCCGUUGCUGAAGCCCACAAAAAAAAAGAUCCUCUGUUGGCCGAUAAGCUUGAUUAUCGUCUUGCUGAACUCGGGUCUCUUGAUAAAACAAAGGAGCAAUAUGAUAUAAUCACACUUUUCGAGGUGCUGGAACAUGUGGAAUACCCCUCAGAAGUUUUAAGCCAGGCUAUUGACCGUUUGAAACCUGGCGGCUGGAUGUUUUUGUCCACCAUUAACCGAACACCCAUAUCUUACUUUACCACCAUUUUUGUCGGUGAACAUUUGCUUAAUAUCGUUCCCAAGGGUACUCAUACCUUGUCAAAAUAUAUCAACGAAAGUGAGCUUCGUGAAUGGUUCAACAAUAGACAAGACUGUGACGUCAUCUCCAGCGAAGGCUGCCUGUAUAUUCCUGCAUAUGGAUGGAAAUUAACUGGCUCACCCAAUGUUGGAAAUUAUUUUAUGGCAAUUCGCAAGAGGAAGUAA